GAGCGAAGCAGGCGGAGACCGCUACUCUGUGAAACACAUUAUUCUACUUUAGUUGCCACAAAAUAUUAAACAAGAAAUAAUAACCUCAUACUCGUGGUAUCUUCCCCGAGCAAUAUUUGCUCAAAAAAUGCCACAACCAAUCAAGCAAACGCAUUAAAAACCAAAACCACGUGUGUGUUCUUCGUGAGUGUGGUGUACUUGAUAAAUCUCAAUACGAACAUAUACUUAUGUAUAUUAAUGUUUUUCCACAUACAUUGUAUAUAUAUGUAUACCACUUGUAGUAUUAGUAAGCGCGGAGUAAUGAAUUUAAAAAAUAAAAGGCAAACAUGUGGCCAGAGUAAUGAAACAAAAUUUUAAAAUAAAAUGUUUAGUACUAUAUUCAUAUAAAAGCCACGCUGGCAAGUUUUUGUCGAGCUUAUAAAAUAAAUAAAGAUACUAAAAGUUGACAGUGGCAGGCAAAGUUAAACGGUAAUAAAAUUAAAAACAAAUCAACAUGUGUUGGUGACAUUACAAACAAACAAAAAACAGCAACAUUACAAUACAACAAUAUAAAAUAAGACACGGAAACUCAAUUAAAAGCACAGCUAAACAUACUAUACACAUAGUUUUAAAACACAGUCGAAAUUUAAUUUCAAAGAGCAGCAAGUCAUCACCCUCUUCCACCAAAUAAUAACGAAAAAAUGGCUCGAAUUCAAGCCAGCGAUACUCUUAUACCCCGUCAAGUCUUCGAACUACCGACAGCGCCCGCGAACGACAAACAGAACCUUCGAAGCAACUCUACGGCGGGCAGUUCUAGCCAAGGAUCGGGAGUCAAGCUUAAGCAACGCAUUGGCCUGCUCGAUGGCGUGGCCAUCAUAGUCGGCGUCAUCGUGGGUGCCGGCAUCUUCGUCAGUCCCAAAGGAGUGCUCAUACAUUCCGGCUCCAUUGGACAGUCGCUAAUAGUUUGGGUGCUCUGCGGCGUUCUCAGCAUGGUGGGCGCUCUGUGCUAUGCUGAAUUGGGCACCAUGAUACCGAAAUCUGGCGGCGAUUAUGCCUACAUCGGCACUGCUUUUGGACCGCUUCCGUCUUUCCUAUAUCUCUGGGUGGCGUUGCUGAUACUGGUUCCCACUGGCAAUGCCAUAACCGCACUCACCUUUGCACAGUAUCUGUUAAAACCGUUUUGGCCAUCGUGCGAAGCGCCCAUCGAGGCGGUGCAGCUGCUGGCGGCUGCCAUGACUUGCGUGCUUACCGUUAUCAACUGCUAUAACGUCAAGUGGGUGACACGUGUAACGGACAUCUUCACAGGAACCAAAGUCUUUGCCUUGCUGGUUAUUGUGGCCGCCGGUGCUUGGUACUUGAUAGGCGGCAAUACUGAACACUGGGACCAACCCAUGAAGGGCACCAACACAGCACCGGGAUACAUAGCAUUGGCAUUCUACAGCGGCCUUUUCUCAUACUCAGGCUGGAACUAUCUGAACUUUGUAACCGAGGAACUUAAGGAUCCAUAUCGUAAUCUUCCGCGAGCUAUUUGCAUAUCUAUGCCAGUAGUCACCAUCAUUUAUGUGAUCACCAAUGUUGCAUACUUUUCGGUGCUGUCGAGUGACGAAAUACUGUCAUCGGAUGCUGUGGCCGUUACAUUUGGGGACAAGCUUCUCGGCGUUAUGUCCUGGACAAUGCCAUUCUUUGUGGCCUGUUCGACAUUUGGUUCCCUAAAUGGAGCCAUAUUUGCUUCAUCUCGUUUAUUUUUCGUUGGUGCACGCAACGGUCAUUUGCCAGCUGCCAUAUCGCUGAUCAACAUUAACUGUCUGACACCCGUGCCUUCAUUGAUAUUUUUGUGCGGACUCACCUUGGCGCUGCUCUUCAUCAAAGACAUAUAUGUGCUUAUCAAUUAUGUUAGCUAUGUGGAGGCACUUUUUACUCUCAUUUCUGUGUCGGGUUUGCUAUGGCUCCGUCACAGACAACCUCAAGCGGAGCGACCCAUACGCGUUAAUCUCGCACUGCCGAUCAUCUUCCUAAUAACUUGCCUGUUCCUUGUCAUCGCCUCGUGCUUCCAAUCACCCACAGAAGUGGGUGUAGCCACGACCAUCAUUCUUUCAGGAAUACCGGUCUACUAUCUGACAAUACAUCGCCCGGUCAAAUGGUUGGCGAGCAGCUCUCAGGCCAUCAACAUGUGGUGCUCCAAGUUCUUCAUCUGUAUGCCGAAUCAAGAGAAGUUUGACUAGAUUUUCGCAUGAGAUGCCCAAUUCGCAAUUCGUCAAUUGGGCGCCAAAAACUAAAUGAGAAUAAUUUGUAAUUAGUCUAAGUCUCAGUUUUAGGUAAGUCGGAAGAGUAAGAGCAUAGUUUGUAUUGCCUUUUUACUGGACAAUGAAUAUGGGUUAUUCGCCUGUUGCGUUUAUUGUAAAUACAAGAAUGGAUUCAAGUUUUCAGCAACGAAGAAGUUUUGAUAUACACGUAAACUGUUAAUUAUUUAACAUAUCAACUAGAAUAUUAGCAUUAUACAUAAUAUAUACAUACAUAUUUAUGCAUUUUGUAUUCACAAUUCCAAUGCAGUUCCUCAGCGAUUAAGUCCCCAAAAAGACACAUACAUUUAUAUAAACUUACUUAUUUACACUCAAUACUAUUAAUAAUCUAAUAA